AUGUAUUCUGAUGAAAUUGCAGUAAAUCGAGAUCUGAGUGAUGUAAAAACUUCUGUGGGUGAGAAUGUCAAUCAAGUACUGAAUAAUAAGGUUGUAGAAUUAGAAGAAGUAGAGUGUGAUGUUGAUGUGAGAAGUCGUGCUGAAGUAGCUAAGAAUGAUGCAGAUGUAGUUAUGAAGGAGGAGGGUAAUAGUGUUAGAGAAAAUAAUCAUUCCGUACAAGAGGAUCAGGCUGCAGUCACGUGGGUUAAUACAUCACCAGUAAUCAAGGGGAUAGACAGGGAUGACAUUAAUAUUGCGAAUGAAGAGAAGUGGCUGCAAGAGGAGAGUUUCGACAAGAUAAAUUUAAUGGCCAAGGGAAAAAGUAAUGUUGGCAUGCAGGGAAAAAUAUAUGAGAGUCAUUCAGAAAUUAAAGAACAUUUUAUUUUGAUGUGUGAGUGCAUCCCCCACCACCACCACCACCAUCACCACCACCACAACCACCACCACCACUGCUGCUGA